AUGCUCCCGCCAAGUCUUUCCUGUAGAGCCUGCAGUACCACCUGCAGCCUACAAGCCACCUUCUUUCCCCGACUCCGGCCCUCCGUCGCGCCUUCCCACGCCUUGCACGCCAGGGCUUUCCACGCAGCCCCUGCGCGCCUUUCGAGAUCUUCACCAGCCUCCCGUAUUUCCUAUCGCGUUGCCGUCUCGUCCUCAGGCAAAGGUCGCCGCUUCCACCCCCUCAAGAAUGCAUAUAACUUCGACCCCAGCACGUCUAACGUGAUUGGCGUUACGAGGGACAAGAACCCAAAUGCUCGCCGCCUUGGACGGCCGGAUAGUGGCGAGGACGCUUUCUUUGUGAGUCAGAUCGGCUCGGAGUCGAACGCAGUCGCCUUCGCGGUAGCAGACGGCGUCGGAGGAUGGACUGAGUCCCGCGUUGAUCCGGCGGACUUCUCGCACGGUUUAUGUGGUUACAUGGCAGAGACCGCGUUAGCCUGGGACAAGUCCGCCAAGAAGCUGAGGCCUAAGCAGCUGUUACAGACAGGCUACGACAAGAUCGUUGCGGACCCGACUGUCAAGGCCGGAGGCAGCACAGCCUCUGUUGGUGUGGCAUUGCCAGAUGGACACGUUGAGCUGGCUAAUUUGGGCGAUUCGGGCUCUGUCUUGCUUCGUCGUGCGGCUGUUCACCACUAUUCGAUCCCGCAGACACAUGACUUCAACACGCCAUACCAGCUCAGCAUUAUUCCUCCCCGAAUGCGUGCUCAGGCCUCUACAUUUGGUGGAGCGUAUCUUGAGGACUUUCCCCGCGACGCGUCCGUCACCAAUGUUCAAAUGCAGCACGGUGAUGUGCUGAUGCUUGCUACGGAUGGCGUCUUCGAUAACCUCAAUAAUCAGGACAUCCUCAAAUUGGUAACCAGCAGGAUGAUUCUUACGGGUGCUUGGACUGCUGCUCCCGAUGUCGCGGUAAAUGUGUCCGAUAAUUUGGCUGCAUUGACUGUGCCCGGUGGUCUUGCUGAGGUUUUCCACCCUCCCUCAUCCUCUGAAUCUAUAAGAGACGAUCACGACGACUUGUCAAAACGCUUAGAAUCCACCUUGACACUCCAAUCCCUUCUCGCAGCCUCGAUAGCCGGCGAAGCCAAAAUCGCCAGUGUCGAUUUCCGUCGUGAUGGGCCCUUUGCUAAGGAAGCUCAGCGCUACUACCCAGGCGACUAUUAUCGCGGGGGCAAGGUUGAUGACAUCUGCGCCUUGAUAAUUGUCGCAGUAGACGAAAGCCUCGUUCCUGGUUCUGAAUAG